UGGCUCAGCCUUUCAACAUGUGCUAAUUAGCCAUGUCCAUCUAUUUGCCCUGAAUUCCUGAUAUAAUAACAGCAUCGUCUGCCUCUGCACUCCAGUCUAACUGGAUGUUCCUUGGGGUAGCAGACAUAAUCUUCUCGUACACAAGUAUUGUGCUGUGUGGAGUCUGUGGCUGGCAGAUGCUAAACAAUUAUUUUUAAAAAACCACACAUUAGCCCACCUGGAGUAGGCAGCCUGAGAUCUUCUCUGAAGUGAAACUUGACGCUUUUCAGCAAAGACACACCUCUUUCAGGGUGUUGUGCAAAUUUCUCUAUUUUAAACGUAGGGGAAGGAAAUAUGAAAUGGGACAGCCAGGAUCCAAAGUGACGCUUGUCACAUAGGCCGAAGUUUAUCAGAACUUGACAAACGGUUAAUUAAAGGCUUGGGAUGGAGUUGUUGCCCCAAGUGCCCUAAAUUAUCUGAAGGUUGGACAUUUGGGCAAGUUGCUGCCUUUAUGCUAGAAGGUUUUUACAACAUAGACAUUGCUUCUUCUGUCUGGAACAGCUCUGCAGGGCUUUUUUUCCCUCCUCCUUUUUCCCUUCUCAUGCUUGAUUAUUUCCUGACUCUACAGUGGGAUGGGUCUGUUGCAAAAGAUUCUGGUUCCUUUCGCAGGAUUGAUCUUGGCCUUCUGUUUUUAUUCAGGAAAGGAAGACUUUAAACCGGGAAUGCUGAAAGGGAAGCAUGUGAUUGUUACUGGGGCAAGCGCUGGAAUCGGUGAGCAGAUGGCAUACCACCUGGCACGCAUGGGUUCCCACAUAUUGAUCACUGCGCGGACAGAAGGCAAGCUCCAGAAAGUGGUCGCUCGGUGCUUGGAGCUGGGUGCUGCAUCUGCCAGUUACAUAAAUGGUAACAUGGAAGACAUGACAUUCGCUCAGUCUGUGGUGAAGAAAGCAGAGGACUUAUGGGGAAGCUUAGAUAUGCUUAUUUUGAAUCAUGUUGGCGUUUCCUACUUCAACUAUUUCAACCGAGAUGUCGGGCAUGUGCAAAAGCUCCUGGACAUCAAUUUUCUAAGCUAUGUGACUAUGACAGUUACAGCUCUUCCCAUGCUCAAGAAUAGCGGAGGAAGCAUCAUAGUGGUUUCAUCCUUGGCAGGCAAAGUUGGGUUCCCGUUCGUUGUUCCCUAUUCUGCAACAAAAUUUGCCCUAGAUGGAUUUUUUAGCUCUUUGAGGCAGGAAUUUGUCAUGCAGAACACCAACAUUUCCAUCACACUCUGCAUCCUUGGACUCAUCGACACAGAAAAUGCCAUGAAAGCAGUUUCUGGAGUGUUAAAGUCUUCGGCAGCACCAAAGGAGGAAUGUGCGUUAGAAAUCAUUAAAGGAGGAGCCCUGCGCCAAAGGGAGGUUUAUUAUGAAUAUUUCUCUACAAAAAUCCCUCUAUUGAUCCGAGACUGGGCUCCAAAUCUCCUGGAUUAUAUCAUUAGGAGAGAAUAUAAUGUGGAAAACCUAAACAAUUAACUGUGGUCUUAUGAUGCUUUUGCUUGUUUCUACAUCUCUCAUGUUAUCUUACAUAGGUCUGUGGCGCUGCAGCCACACCCUCUUUUAGCUCGGGCUGUUUCUCCUUUAGCUAAUACAACAGGGAUCUAGCAUGCUGUUACAUACAAUUCUGAAACCCAUGACUGCAUUUUAGUAUUCCAGGCUGCAGUCAUGUGUGUGCUUAUGCUCUGGAUCAGGGCAAUUAGCAUUAAUACUGACUAGUUAGAUGGCUUGGAAAAAAUGAGUUGUGUAUAGGAUGCUCUUGAGCUUAAUCCAUGUGGCAGCUUCUAUAGGUGAUGCUUUAGAGCAGCCUUCCCCAAGCUGGUGCCUGCUAUAUGUUUUGAACUCCCAUCAGCCCCAGCCAGCAUAGCCAAUAAUCAGGAAUUAUUGAUGAUGGGAAUUGUAGUCCAGCAACAUCUAGAGGACACCAGGUUGGGGAAGGUGGUUUUAGGGCAAAAUAAGGUGUGAAGUCCAUACGAAAAAGUUAUGCACUGAGUUUUAUACAAGGGCGUCACCUCUCCCUUAUGUGAAUUUUGCAGCAUAUGCAGCCUAUGCCGAACCCAUCAUUUCUCACAUCUGUCCUGUAGACAGGUGGACAACCAGUGCAAGCUGCAUGAUGUAAUUGGCUUACACAGAGAAACAGCACUUAGAAUUUAAAGCACUUAGAACUUAGGACACUUAGAAAUAAGCUUUUCCCAAAUUUCAUAUUUGGCAAAAAAAAAAUCAAAUGGGAAAUUUUGAAGUUUUCAGAAUUCGUUUUUGAAAUAGCUAAUGUUUAUGUGUUGCUGAUAAACAUUGUAAAGCCAUAGUGUCAAUUAGCUGACUGUAAGGCUUUCAUCAGCAGAGUAGGGAAGGAAUAAAUGUUUGGCGAUUCUCCCUCUUUUCUCCUCCAGUCCUCCAAUCUGCUCUAGGGGGCACCCGCCAGAGCAAAUUUGGAGUUGGAGGGGCAGGUGAGGGCUGCAGGAAGGAAACUGUUCCCUCACCAUUUCACUGAUGGAAGCCUUGUUGUCAGCUGAGCAGCACUGCUGGAUGCAAGCUAUUAUGUUAAAUAUCACAGUGUUUUGCACUUAAAAAAAAGCAAACCAACAAAAAAAACCCACUAAACUAUCUAAAUCCAUAUUUGAAAAAGUUAUAAAGAAAUGUAUCAGGGGAAUAUAAAAUUGAACUCUUGCAAGUCAUUUGUGUUAAGAAAACUGCUUGGAAUUUUUUUUCUUCAAAAUUCUUUUUAGUUUUAGCAGCACAGCAUAGGUACAUUAGAUCCAGAAUUAAAGGUCUAUGUAAAUGUACUUUUAUAUUGCUUCUCCUAAUACCCUCAAAUUUAAAGACUCACAGUCUCCCCCCUCCAGAAAAAAGAAAUUAUUUCAUUUAAAAAUCUUAUCUUUAAAGUUAUAAGAUACAUAUUAUGCUGUUGACCAUAUUAAGCAAUGUUUUUUGUGAUGACAACUCUUUAAAAAGUUGUGCAUCCAAUGGCUCCCCCAUCUGGUGAAUUAAAUUUACAGGUGGCACUUUGAUCUGAACACAUGCCAAUGAGCUGAAACCAGAGCAUGGCACUCUUCAAACUACUACGUGUUUUAAUAAAUUGCUUCUGCAUAAGAA